UUGAAGAUCAAGAAUUUGGAGCAUUGCUUUCGGAUGCCUCCCAGAAAGAAAUCUCGAGCAAGUUCAUCAUCAUCUGAUCCAUCUGAUACCGACAUAGAUAGACCUACUAUUUUAGCUAGAAUUGUGGGUCUUAACAUUCAUUUUGAGAGGGGAUUUCAGAUGAGUGCACUGCAUACAUAUCAUUCCACAGUCACCAUGUUAUCUGCAGUAGGUCUUAGGAGCAUGAUGACUAAACCCUUAGAAAAAGCCAACAUUUCAUUAGUGCAUGAGUUCUAUUCUGGAUGGGAGAUUGAUCCAGAUAGAGAAUAUUCAGCUUUUUCUAUCGUGAGGGGUGUUAGGGUUAUUUUCGAUCUUUCCACUAUCCGUGCUACCCUUGACCUUGCAGAGCCACCCACUGAUGUACCAGAUUACUUCCAUUUAGCCUCCACUUUACAGCCUGGUACACCAGAAUACAACAACAUGUCUGCAACCUUGUGUGGGAGGGUCUUUACAUCUAGUUUCGGUUCAGGAAAUCUCAAACCAGAAUAUAGAUUACUUAAUCUUUUCCUGAACUUUGAUUUGAAACCCACCACUGCAUACUCCGUCAUUACCCCACACGAUAUUCUCCUUCUCUUUUGGAUAGCCACUGGUCAGCGAUUUGAUAUAGCGAGGAUUAUAUUUAUAUGGAUGCGCUCAUCAGUGGAGAAUGUGUUAGAUUGGGUCAGGACACAGUCUGCAUCACGUACUCAGCUCAUUUACCCCUAUUUCAUCACUAGACUCUGCCAUAGAUUUCAUGUUCCAGUAUUCGCAGAGGAUAGGUUAGAAGCAGGGAAGGGGUUACUAAAUGAUCAGACUGUGAGGAGGAGCAUUUCAGGGCGAGAUCAGUCCGGUCCUUCAGGUAGAGAGCCUCCUCAGCACCAGCCAGCUACACAUGACCCCACUCGAGAGGAGAUGGAUACGAUGCGGAGUCGCAUGGACAGAAUGCAGAUACAGAUACACAGGAUGCAGCGGCAUAUACACGAGAUGCAUGGUCAGAUCAGCUACUCUACCGAUACCCUGGCAUAUUUGGCGAGAGGAUGGCAGAGAGAACAUGGAGAUACAGAUGGACCUCCACCUGAGCUUCAUAGUUAUAUCACACCAUUUCAGCCAGAUGAUUUCCCAGGAGAGGAUGAGGCGGGACCGAGUUCAGCAGCUACCGCUGAUGAUGAGGCAUCAGGGCUAGGUGGCGCCAUUUGGCACCAUGUUGGCUGCCACUAUGGCCGCCAUGAAGGCUGCUUCGCAGCAUGCAGACGAACUUCGUAUUUGCACGAUGGUGCGACCCUAGCGUUCUCGAGAUCAGACGACGCUCCUCUAUUUGAUGAGGUUCAUCAAUUUGAUGAAACUCAUUUGGUUGACAAGGUUCGUCCGUUCGACGAGGUUCAUCUUACUGACGAGGUUCGUUUGAUUUGCAAGACUCGUUUGAUUGACCCGUUUGAUGAGGUUCACCCGUUCAAUGAGGUUCGUCUUACUGAUGAGGAGAAACCCGACUUUGAAGAAGAUUUCGAGUCUGAAGCCUCUUGGGCUAAAGAUGAUCAUUUCUGCAGGAGUUAUCUCUUUAACUGUCUGACCGAUCAUCUGGCAGAUGCUUACACUAACAAGCCCUCUGGAAAGGAAAUUUGGGAUGCUCUGGAGGACCAAUACAAGGAUAAAGAGAAACUAUCCAAGUCCCACCUUAUUAACAAGUUUCUGGACUUCAAAUUUGAAGAUGACACUGAGUUUUUUCCUUAA